CACAUCGGAAGAUCCCAUAAUUCAGACUUCAGUUAGACUUUGUCGAGUACACAUGAUGGUCUGGUUCCGGCUCGCAGCUUUUUGGGGGGCAGCAUCUCUUUGUUUUGGCUGUACGCCACUUCCGAGAGUUGAUCAGGAAGAUUACUGCUAUGCUGAUACUGCAUUCGUGGCUGAAAUUACAAAGAGAAACAUCGGUGAUGUCGAAAUUGAGUACGAGUUUACUGUCCAGACAAUGUACAAGGGUGACCCAGGAAGUAGGACACUUGUUGGAUUUGGGGAAAUGAACUCUUGUGGCCCACAGAAGCUAGAACCGAACAAAGAGUACCUGAUAUACGCAAAGGCAAAUGAUUUCGAUUCAAAUACUCUUCAAAUCGUCGCAUACAAAAAUAUGGAUGACGUAAAGAACAAGGAUAUUGAAAGAAUGGAGAAAUUCUACGACUGUAGCUGUAAGAUCAAUCAUGACUACGAUGCCUUUAUAAAUAUGCCAUCCAGCAGGUUACCUGAACCAGCAAGUAACGAGUGUAACGCCCCUUCUGAUUUCUGCCCAAAUAGUGGGUUCUGUAAAAAGAGUAUCGAGGGCCAAUGUACCUGGGGAAACCUCGGCGAUUGUAAUUGAUUGAAUACAAACAAUUUGUAUUGAAUACAUUUGAUUCUCCAAUAAAACAUCGCCAAUUGUACAUAUUCA